AGGAUGAAGGUAUCAUUUGGCGCUUUCGUGAUCGCAGCCGGCAUCUGCGGGAUCCUGAGCUUCGCCUUUUUGGCCACUUCCCUCGGAACCGACUAUUGGUACAUUAUAGAAAUGAAUCCCAUGAACGUCAGCGACUUUGAGAACCUGAGCUCCCACUCAGGACUGUGGAGCAUCAACGAAGGUGGAAAGAUGAACGCGGACUCUAUUGACUCGUUCAGAGCUGACUACUCCAGACUGUCUGACGCUGAGCUGCGUAUGCUGAACAUGCACAGUGCGAUAGUGGUGAUGCUUCCUCUCAGCCUGGUUCUGCUGCUCUUUGGGGGCAUCUGCGGAUUGGUCAGCUCGCUGGCUCGGAGCCCGGUCCUCCUCACCGGCACGGCAUCGUACUUCUUUAUCUGCAGUCUGCUGACUAUGUGCGGCGCGAGCCUCUACAUCAUCUACUCGAACCAGGCGCUGGCUGAGACGGAGAGGCUGGUGGGACAGGAGAGUUUGGCCUACAUUCACACCUCCUUCGGUUGGUCGUUUGGUCUGGCCUGGCUCUCCUACGGCCUGGAGCUCCUCACUGGAGUACUGCUGCUUACAGCUGCACAAAUGGCCAAGCUGCAGCACAUCAGUCCCAUCAUGGCCUAACAUGAUCCUCUACAGUGGGCUUACAGUGUUCUAGAUGAGGACUGCACUGUGUGUGAACACUGGAGAGAGAAGGUAGGAUGAUGGUGAAGUGUGAUUCUGCCUUAGGUCACACACACACACACAUGCUCCAAAGGCCAGAGCAGAAACUAGUGUGGAGUGAACUCUUUCACAGGUUUAGUUUCCUUGAGUUCCUUAAGUUUGGAAAGUUUGGACUUUCUGGGGAUUUACUCCAAGUGAUGAGGUGGAUUUGUACUUCAAUUUGACCAAUGACGCCCUCUUGUGGUGGGAAUUUAAUUUGUGCCUCAUACGCAGGGUCGGUGCAUCUGCUCAUAGAGUUGUGAUUUAUCCUGUGUCAAACUAAACUGACACGCUUACAAUUUAACAUAAUGUAAUUUUACUUUAACCAGUGAGUUUCUUUGUUCUAUAUACAUCUUUAUUCUUACAGCAGUUGACAUAAAAA